CCUGCGCGGCUGCUGCACUGCGGAUUGAAAGACCUAGUACCGACGUACAGAGUACAGAGACAAGGGACGAUGGACUCUCCGGCGCCACAGCAGCCUGCAACCGCGAGCGGCAGCGGGAAGAAGCAGCGCGGCGAGCGAUGGGGCGAGCAGGAGGAUGCGAGAUUUGUAAAUCUCAGGAUUGAGAACCCAGACAUGUCGUGGGAAGAAUUUCAAAGGAAAUUCUUCCCCCAUCGCACCACAGCAGCUCUACUUUGGAGGCAUUCGACCGUCCUGAGAGCAAGGAUUGAACAGAAAAAGGCAUCCAAUAGAGAGGCUGCAGCUGGUGCGGCAUCAUCCUUUCAAGAUCGCGAGACUCUUUCCCCAUUCACUGAGAGCGAAGACGACUCAGCGAGCCACGUCUCGUAUGAAGGCGGCCGUUCACUUCGUCACCGACGCGAUUACACAGAUAAGCCAGGGGACGAACCAAGCUCGAAGAGACGGCGAACCCUCCCUGCUAGGACUCGCCGUAGACCCGUUCGUUUAGGCUACGAAGAUGAUGCCAUGGCUGAAGACGAUGGACUAGCUAAGCUUCUUGACUUAGUCACCGCGGAAGAUUUUACCAAAAUACAUCAGCGGGCGAAGGCCUGUCUCUCAGAGACCAAACGAGCUGAAAAUGCGCUACGCCAGAAUGCGGAACUGGAGCGUCGAUUGAAAGAGACAGAAGCCGAGCUUCGAGAACUUACUGAGCGGGCAAAAAAGGACUCUAAAAAGACCGACCAGGAGUUGGAGGACCGAAAGGAUAUAAAGUAUGAAGGCCUUGAGGUCGAGCUUACGGGAAUGGAUGAGGAGUCCAAAGCCAAGGUCAGGACCUCCUGGGAGAUCAUCAAAUCCAAAGUCCGCGACACGUUUACUCUUCGACAAUGGGAUGAAGCCGGCAUGGGUCCAGCAGUGAAUACAAUCCAGCAAGUUAUUGACAAGCUCAUGGAAACAUCAGCGGCAACAGCUCCGAACGGGCAUCCCGGAGAAGAUGCUGGCACCACCAGCCAAAAAUCCCCCACGACGGGAAAUUGAUAAUCGAAUUCUGCUUCUCUUGUUCAGGUUUUCCUACUUUCUUGUUCUUGGUUUCCGGAGUAUAUUUGGUUUAGAUUCUUUCAGCAAGCAAGUUGGUUGUUGGGAUGAGCGUCCAGGCAUCAGUCUCUUGUCGGAGGCAAUUAGUUGUAUAUAUAUAUAUAUAUAAUUCAGUGAUAUCACACGCACAACCCCCUUAUUUUGAAUUGGAAUCACGGAAUUUCGGAGCUUACCCCCUGGAUGACCGCCUGACCAAAUUUCCGACUAGUGCAGAUAUCCUCUCCCAUCCUUCGAGCAUAAACUCUGCUGGGCGGGAAGGUUAAGCGAGCUGAGGCUCAAGUCGCAUCUCCACGCCCUAUCAACACUUCGAACAACGGCCCAAAACUUGGCCACUCCAGGCUGCCAUGCCGUCCCCUCCAUCCUUCGCUAACCCCC